AUGGCGUUUGCCUGGGAUGCACCACCUUUGAGCUUUGUCAAGCAAGUUGGAGAUGGAGGGAGAUUAGUUCCUGUUCCAAGCCUUAGUGAAGCUGACAAGUACCAACCUCUAAGUCUGGUGGUAAAAAAGAAGCGAUGUUUUCUGUUUCCUAGAUAUAAAUUUACCUCAACACCUUUCACACUGAAAGAUAUUCUUCUAGGAGACAGAGAAAUUUCAGCUGGUAUUUCGUCUUAUCAGUUACUGAAUUAUGAAGAUGAAUCAGAUGUUUCACUCUAUGGAAGGCGAGGCAACCAUAUUGUGAAUGAUGUUGGGAUUAAUGUUGCUGGAUCAGAUUCUGUUGCAGUCAAAGCUUCAUUUGGUGUAGUAACUAAACACGAAGUGGAAAUUUCAACAUUACUCAAGGAAAUUACUACACGAAAAAUUAAUUUUGACCACAGCUUGAUACGUCAGUCGAGGAACAGCAGAAAAGCAGUAUUGUGUGUGGUCAUGGAAAGCAUUCGAACCACACGCCAGUGCUCACUGUCUGUACAUGCUGGAAUUCGUGGGGAGGCCAUGCGGUUCCAUUUUAUGGAUGAACAGAAUCCCAAGGGAAGGGACAAAGCUAUUGUUUUUCCAGCACAUACAACCAUAGCUUUCAGUGUUUUUGAACUCUUCAUUUACUUGGAUGGUGGCUUUGACAUUUGUGUCACUUCAGUGUCAAAAGGAGGAUUUGAAAGGGAAGAAACGGCAACGUUUGCAUUCCUCUACCGAUUGAGAAAUAUACUAUUUGAAAGAAAUAGAAGAGUGAUGGAUGUCAUUUCUCGUUCACAGCUUUACCUAGAUGAUCUUUUUUCUGACUAUUAUGACAAACGUUUCAGCAUGACUGACAUUUCACUCAAAGAAGGGACUCAUAUCCGAGUUAACUUACUUAAUCACAACAUUCCAAAAGGACCUUGCAUACUCUGUGGAAUGGGGAACUUGAAAAGGGAGACAGUUUAUGGGUGCUUUCAGUGCUCUGUCGAUGGACAGAAGUAUGUGAGACUUCAUGCAGUUCCUUGUUUCGAUGUUUGGCACAAGAGAAUGAAAUAA